GCCGGAUAAAGCCAUGGCUCCUGUGGAGAAAGCAGUUGAUGCGGUCAAGACUAAGCCUGAAAAGGCUCAGCCUAAAGUAAAAAAUGUUCUUCGUGGAAAGAACCCCUUGAAGAAGAAGCGUGAGCAUCUACGGUAUGGCAUUGAUUGCACCAACAUUGCCGAAGACAACAUCAUGGAUGUUGCUGACUUCGAAAAGUAUCUGAAGGAGCGUUUCAAGGUAAAUGGUAAGACCGGUAACCUCGGCAACAACGUUACUUUUGAGCGCCAGAAAAUGAAGGUGUACGUCAACUCCGAUGUUCACUUUUCCAAACGCUACCUGAAAUACUUGACCAGGAAGUAUUUGAAGAAGAACAGUCUUCGUGAUUGGAUCCGCGUUGUGUCCAACGAUAAGGAUUUGUACGAGCUGCGUUACUUCCGAAUCAGCUCCAACGAUGAUGAUGAGGAGGAAAACGAGUAAACCAAGGCCGGAGUGUUUGGUGAAAAUGCUGGAAUUUUGUCCAAAUAUGUGAAAUCCAAUACAAUGGUGAAAACCGUGAUAUCAUCAACGGU